GCUCGAAUUGCACGUUUUUCUGUAACUUUUUAUUUACCUUUCUACGCGUUUUAUUUACAUUCACACAUAAUGUCAGACUUUGAAGGCGGACCAGCGAACGACGACGAGCUGUCGCUGCCCCGGGCGACGGUGUACAAGCUCAUUGGCGAAAUGCUGCCCUCUGACAUAACGUGCGCCAAGGACACGCGGGACCUUUUGAUCGACUGCUGCAACGAGUUCAUCCACCUGAUCGCAUCCGAGUCCAACGAGAUCUGCGAGAAGGAGGCGAAGAAGACAAUCGCGGCUGAGCACGUUCUGCAGGCGCUCAAGGAGCUUGGGUUCGAAAAGUACGUGGGCGAGGUGCAGGAGGCGUACGAGGAGCACCGGGUGCAGCAGAGCAAGGACCGGGGGCGGAAGAGCUCCAAGAUGAAGAACCACGGCAUGAGCGAGGAGGAGCUUUUGCGCAGCCAGGAGCUGCUGUUUGCUCAGGCCCGCAUGCGGUUCCAGCAGCAGCAACAGCCGGCGGCCGGCGCGGAUGCGGCUGGACAGUAAAGAGACCCUAUUUUCUUGAAUGGAACGGCUACAGGGUGUCCCUUCCCAAGUAUGAUCUGUGUACAUCGGGGCGCUACUUGGAGUGAGGCUUGGAUGGAGUGAAUGUUGAAAUGGGAUAAAGGCGAUACCGCAGCAGCCUUGAAAGGGAAAGAGCCGGGUGGAGUCUGCGGAUGCAAACGUAGAAGCAAUAUUUGGCCGGGCUCUCUUCUUUCUUUUUGACUCUUCAGCGCAGUUUCUUCCAGUACUAAUUAAAAAAUAGCUUGCGAA